AUGGCGUCGUCUUCAGCUUCGGCGACGGUGGCGGUGGAGAAGGCAACCAGCGAUCUUCUUCUAGGUCCUGAUUGGACGACCAACAUGGAAAUCUGCGAUUCUGUCAAUUCCCUUCACUGGCAGGCGAAAGAUGUGGUUAAAGCUGUGAAGAAGAGGCUGCAACAUAAGAGCCCUAGAGUUCAACAACUUGCUCUAACGCUUUUGGAGACGCUGGUAAAGAACUGCGGAGAUUAUUUGCACCAUCAGGUUGCAGAGAAGAACGUUUUGGGGGAAAUGGUCAAAAUUGUGAAAAAGAAGGCGGAUAUGCAAGUUAGAGAUAAAAUAUUGGUCAUGAUAGACUCAUGGCAGCAAGCUUUUGGGGGUCCAGAGGGAAAAUACCCGCAAUAUUAUUGGGCGUACGAUGAGUUAAGGCGUUCUGGAGUUGAGUUUCCCCGGCGUUCACCUGAUGCGUCCCCUAUAAUAACACCACCUGUUAGUCAUCCUAUAGUAAGACAGCCUCAGGGUGGUUAUGGAUCACCGCAAGCUGGUUAUGGAGCACCACAAGCUGGUUAUGGACCACCUCCAGCUGGUUAUGGACCACCUCCAGCUGGUUAUGGACCACCUCCAGCUGGUUAUGGACCACCUCCUGCUGGUUAUGGACCAUCUCCAGCUGGUUAUGGAAUGCCUCAAGCGGGUUAUGGAGCACCUUCAGCUGGUUAUGGAGUACCUCAAGCGGGUUAUGGAAUGCCCAGUGGUUCGUCGAGAAGGCUUGAUGAAGCAAUGGCAAGUGAGGUUGAGGGCUUAAGCUUGUCAAGUCUUGAGUCCAUGAGGGACGUGAUGGAUCUUUUGAGCGACAUGCUACAAGCUGUGGAUCCCAGUGACCGUGCGGCUGUGAAAGAUGAAGUCAUUGUUGACUUGGUCGAGCGCUGUCGUUCCAAUCAGAAAAAGCUGAUGCAGAUGCUAACCUCCACUGGGGAUGAUGAACUUUUAGGCCGGGGACUCGAUCUCAAUGACUGUCUUCAAAUUCAGCUAGCUAAGCAUGAUGCAAUAGCUUCUGGUUCUCCUCUGCCAGUCCAAGCUUUGAAGCCGGCUGAUUCAAGCCCAAAGUCUUCUCAAACUAAAGAUUCUAGUUCCGUAGCUGGUUCUAGUUCCCCAAUACCCGCCACUGUUUCUACAGGGAAAAGCCCAAUCGAUGAGGAGUACGAAGAGGAGGAAGAUGAGUUUGCGCAGUUAGCUCGAAGGCAUUCCAAACCACCAGCAUCUGUGGCUACAGACCCCACCAGUUCUGCAAGCAAUGCUCUUGCUCUUGCUCUGCCUGACCCGCCUCCUCCAGUGAACACCACAAAGGAACAAGACAUGAUUGAUCUAUUGAGUAUCACACUCUCUACACCGCCAACUCCACCGCCUCCAUCCUCUCAACCUCCUCCUUCUACUGUCUCAGAUCAAAACACCAACAUUUAUCCGCAGCCUCCACAACAACAGUAUGGUAACUAUGUCGCUCCAUGGGCACAACAACCUCAGCAGCAGCAACAGCCUCAAACACAGCAGGGCUAUCCUCAACCGCAGCAGCAACAGCCCCAAACACAGCAGGGCUAUUCUCAUCCGCAGCAACAGCCUCAAACACAGCAGGGCUAUUCUCAACAGCAACAGCCCCAAACACAGCAGGGCUAUUCUCAGCAGCAACAGCCUCAAAUACAGCAGGGCUAUUCUCAACCGCAAGCACAGUACCAGAUGCAACCGGCAAGUAGACCUCAGAACCCGUAUGAAUAUCCGCCGCCACCAUGGGCUUCAACAUCAGCGAAUGCAUACUACACUCCACGGGCUAAUGCGACAGCGUCAUACACAGAGGCAUCGGCCCAAGCCGGGAGAUCACUUCAGCAAUCCAACUCAUUCCCGACAAGAGCCGGAGAGCCCCAGGCUACUUCAGCUGCAAGCAAUCCAGGUGUCAAUGGAGGACAGAAGCCGUUUGUUCCAUCGUACAGAUUGUUCGAAGAUCUGGAUGUGUUUGGGAGCGCAGACGGGAAGCAUAAUAAGUCUGCGAACAGUAAUAAUGCUUCACAAGGCUUGUCUGGGUCUCAGGCGCAGCAGCAAAGUAUGAUAGGAGGAGGGAGGAAAAUGAUUUAA